AUGCCUAGUGAUAAUGAUAUUGUAUUAGUUGAUUCUAGUUCAGAAAACGAGGAAGAUCAAGAUGAUUCACUUCGGGAAAUUAAGAAAUUUAAACCUAAUCCAAAUGAAUCAAAUAGAUUAAAUAAUGGCAAUUUUUCAACCGUACCAUUUAAUGCAGUAUCAUCAUCAUCAUCGUCUUCUGACAAUGAACAAGAAGAAGAGGAAGAACCAGAAGAAACAAAUGGGAAUCAAAUACUGUUUAAUAUUGAUGAUGGGUAUGACUCAGAAGGAUUAACUAAAGAAUCAUCAAGAACUCCAAUUGGUAAUAAUAUAUCUGAUAUAACUGAUACACCUACAAAUACUAAUCAAUUAGAUGGAAAUCAUGAUGGAAAAAGUUUGCCAUUUACAUCAUCAUCAUCAUCAUCAUCUGACGAUGAUAACGAUAGUGACGAUGAUGAUGAUGAUGAUUUGGAAUCAGAUUUUGCUUUUGAAGAAAUACCACCUUCAAUAAUUAUGGAAACUAGAAAAUAUCUUAAACAAAAUGGUACGAUGAAAUUUCUUGAAAAAUAUUUACCUACUGCUGCAACAAUUGAAAAUAUUAUUAAAUUAAUAUUACAAUUAGGAUUUGUCCCCAAACGGAAAUCAUCAUCAAAUAUAAAUGGUGAUGAAAAUAAUGAUAUUAUGGAAUAUAUUAAAAUUUUAAAUCAUGCCAUUAUAAAAGUUAAAUCAAUUAGAGAAAGAAGAGAAGAUAUAACGACCAUAAAAGAUGUUUUAAAAUUAAUUAAAAAUUGUGAAAAUAUAAUGGUUAUAACUGGUGCAGGAAUUUCUACUAGUUUAGGAAUUCCUGAUUUCCGAUCAUCUCAAGGGUUUUAUUCAAUGGUUCAACAUUUAGGUUUAUCUGAUCCUCAAGAAGUUUUCGAUUUAGAUAUUUUUAAUAAUGAUCCUAAAUUAUUUUAUUCAAUUGCUCAUAUGAUUUUACCUCCAAAUCAUAUUUUCAGUCCAUUACAUUCAUUUAUUAAAUUAUUACAAGAUAAACAAAAAUUAUUAAGAAAUUAUACUCAAAAUAUUGAUAAUUUAGAAAGUUAUGCUGGUAUUUCUAAAGAAAAAUUAAUUCAAUGUCAUGGAUCAUUUGCAACUGCUAGUUGUAUAACUUGUGGUUAUCAAGUUGAUGGAGAAAUUAUAUUCCCAGAAAUUAAAAAUAAACAAAUUCCUUAUUGUCCUAAAUGUAAUGAAAUUAAACAAUCAAUAUUAAAAUCCAAAAAGAAAAAACAACGUAAGAAUUAUGAUGAUUAUGAUGACGACGAAGAUGAAGAAACUUAUUUUCAUGAAAGUUUUGGAGUUAUGAAACCAGAUAUAACUUUUUUCGGAGAACAAUUACCAGAAAAUUUCAAAAUUGCUAUAAAUCAAGAUAUUAAUAAAGUUGAUUUAGUUAUUGUAAUUGGUACUUCAUUAAAAGUUGCUCCCGUAGCAGAUAUUGUCGGGAAAAUUCCUGAACUGGUUCCACAAAUUUUAUUAAAUAAAGAUCCAAUAAAUCAUUGUCAAUUUGAUGUUAGUUUAUUGGGUUAUUGUGAUGAUAUAGCAAGUUAUAUUGCUAAUGAAUUAGGUGAAUCUUGGGAUUUACCUCAUCCAGAUUAUAAUAAAAUACGAGGAGGAGGAGAAGGAGGAAAAAAAAAGGGUGAGAAUUUACUGAUUCAAUUAAUUGAUCCAACUUUAAGAGAAUAUCUAAUAAGCAAUAAGAGUACUACAAACAAUGAAAAACAGGGAGUAGUGGAAGGUGACGAGGAACAGAAGGAAGAACCGAAGAAAGAAGAGUUGGAAAUUGAGGAGGAAAAGGAAGCUCCGAUAGAUAAAUCAUAG